AUGAACUGCGCUAACUCGACUCUGCUUGGCGGUGGAGGAGUGGACGGAUGCAUCCACAGGUCGGCGGGGUCCCUGCUGAAGGAAGAGUGUCGCUCCCUCGGAGGAUGCAGCACCGGCAAGGCCAAAAUCACCUGCGGAUACCGCUUGCCUUCCAAGUACGUGAUCCACACGGUGGGGCCGCGCGUGUUGGACAGCGUGCCCACGCCCGAGGAGCGCAAGCAGCUGGAUGGCUGCUACAGCGAGUGCCUGCACAUCGUGGAGGACAAGGAGCUGCGGUCCGUGGCGUUUCCAUGCAUUUCUACAGGGAUUUAUGGUUUCCCCAACGAGCCGGCGGCCAGGAUCGCGUUGGAGACGACCAGAAACUGGCUCGAGAAAUACCACAGCAAGGUGGACAGAAUCAUCUUCUGCCUCUUCCUGCCGAUCGACGUGGAGCUCUACGACACCCUCAUGCCCGUCUAUUUCCCGCGUGCUCCCAAAGGUAAAGGUGCCGGCGGCGUCAGUGACCGCCAAGGGGCGUCUAGCCAGGGGUCGUCCCCGUGGCGUCUUGCGAGCGGCCGAGUGACACCGAAGCAACCGGGGGGAGUCUUCGGGCCCUCCUCAAUCCUCUCGCUUCUCUCUCCCUUGUCGCUCAAGCUGCCAUUCUUCGCAGCGGCGGCGGUGGCUUCUGUGCAAGCCGUCGAACAAAGAUGA